AGAUUUUUUAGUUGAAUAAAGGUUGAAUAUCCGAACCCACCUCAUGUUAUAUUUGACAUUUGUCAAAUCGUGUCGUGUGAUUAAAUGUCAAGUCAGUUGUCAGUACGUGUAAAUAAUAAAAAAAUAAAAAUGUCGCUUUGGAAUGGUUCUUCAGAAUCCGGAAUUUUACGAAAAAAUACUCAUACAGAAAAUCAUGAUGAACUUUUGGUAUUUGGAUAUGCCUGCAAACUUUUUAGGGACGAUGAGAAAGCUCUUUAUAUUGAUCAAGGCAAACAUUUAAUUCCAUGGAUGGGCGAUGAGACUCUCAAGAUAGAUAGGUAUGAUGGACGUGGUGCUUUAUCUGAUUUGAGGAAAUUUGAAGCUAGUAGGGAAGGUUAUGAUGCUAUGAGAUGGCUAGGUCUCAAUGAAAAAGAAAGAAAUAUUGAAGAAUUGUGUGAUACUGAACGAUACUAUUCAUUGAUUAUUAAUGAAGAGGAGGAACAGAUGUAUAAAGAGGAGGAGAUAAAAAGGCAGAAUUCGAAUGCUAUUCAGUAUAAUUAUGAUGUGCCUCAAAAUCCCGCAAUAAAACAAGAAGAUAUACCAACAGUGCUAGAAGCAGAUGAAGCAUAUGUUCCUCCACCAAUUCUGGAUGUGCCAAUAGAUAUUGAAAAACCCAAGACUGUAAAAGAGAAUGCAAGAAUUGAGAAAACUGCUAUGUUUGUGUACAAACAGGGACCCCAAAUGGAAAUUCUUAUCAAGGCUAAACAAGCAGACAAUCCACAGUUUAGUUUCUUAAAUCAAAAUGAUAAAUUAUACAAAUUCUACAGGCAUGUUUUAGCUGCAUUCAAAAAUAGCAGAUAUGAGGGUUAUGAAGUUCAUACUAAAAACAAAACUGAAAACCAAGUGGAUAACUCGGACCAUGAAUCCAGUUCACACUAUUUGCAUCCAAGUUUGAGCGCAUCAUCUUCCGAACCGGCGGCUUCCACUGCCAUUACCAUACCGCAGAUACCUUACAAGCCAUCAGUGAACUGCGCUUACAGUCAGCUUGUCAAUCGAAUUCAAGGCACUCAGACCGAAAACCAGGAGAAUGUUGCAGCUGCCGCUAAGGUGCCGGACUACUCCCAGAUGACAUAUGACCAACAGCAGUACUACCAGUACUACUAUGUGCAGCAAUAUUUUGAGUAUUAUAAGCAACUGGCGUUGUUUCAGCAGGGACAAGGCGGCAAUCCAGGUCAAUUUAUGCCACCAACGGACUUCCAAAACCUCGACCCCGCCCUUCAACACUACAUCCAGCAAAUGGCUUAUAGUCAAUAUCUCCAACACCAUCAACAAAAACACAACUCAUAUGCUCAAAUUGUCUCCAACGUUAGCAAAGAAUCAAACCCUUACGUUGCUACUGUAUCACAAGUACCUCAAACAGUGUCUAACACCCUUUCCGACUCUAAGAACCAAGACGAAGAAAGGACCGUUACGAUAGUUAGUGAUAAAAGUGAAGUUGUAGUUAAGAAACCUCUUUUGUCUCUUGCUGCUUAUGGUUCUGGAUCUGAGAGCGAAACUGAGGUAACUUCGGGCGAAGACGAUAAGUCCGAUGAACGGAUGGUAACAAUUGCUAAACCUGAUUACAGUAUACCGACUGGAGAAGCUCAGAUAGUUAUUGAUAAAUUGGCCUUACACGUGUCGAAAAAUGGUGAACAGUUCGAAGAAAUUCUUAAAGCUAAGAAUGAUCCUAGGUUUCAGUUUCUUAACGAUUCUCAUGAGUUUAACAUGUACUAUAAGGAAACGCUUAAAGAAUUAAGAGGGGAAAGAAGCGAAAAUGGUAAACGAACCCAAGAAGUAAAGUCCGAGGAUAAAGAAGAUGUUAAAGAAAUUAAGAAGACUAAGAAAGAGAAGAAAGUGAUAGCGCCUGUAUGUUUUUCAAUAAAAAAACAAAAAGAAGAACAACCCAAAGAAAUUAAAAGCGCACUUCCAGUUGAAGAAAGUGAUGAUGAAGAGGAACCAUUAACAACAGCCACUUCUCCUCCAGUCGUCACCAGUACGUCAUCUGUGCCACUACCAACAAACAUAGUCUAUUCUCUAGCGCACCCUCCACCUUCUUUGACGUCAGUGUUGAUAAAACUAGCGGACAGUCAAAAGAAGCUUGCAGAAGUGGUGACAGCAAAUCAAAAUGAAAAAUUAGAAAUUGUUAAAAAAGACAAUAAUGAAAGUAAGACGGAUAUUGACGAAGAUCCGAUAUUAGAGAUGAUUGAAUUGACAGAGGGAAUUGAAGAUAAAAAAGAUGCAAAAAGAGCCGAAGAUAAAAUAAAAGAUAAAUUAGCUGCAGCUGCUAGAGAAAAACUAGCCUCAGUUACAAGGGAUAAAGCCCUUCAGUUGGAAAGAAAGAAGAAAGCCGCUGCCUUUUUGAAACUGAAAUCCGCUCAAACUAACAAAAAAACUGACUCAGUACCUGACAAAUCUCAAGAAACGCCAGAAAAAUCGGUUUCACCUUUAAGAAGAGAUUCCAUAGAAAUAAUAGAAAUCGAUUCAGAAGAUUCCUCGCCUAAAAAGAAGAAGCACAAACGGGAUAAAGAUAAAAAUAUAGAACAAUCUAGAAGUAAGUCGAGAGAGAAAGAGAAAAGAAAAGAAAAAAAGAAAGACAGGGAAAGAAGAAAAAGUGUUAGUAGCGAAGAGGAAGAGGAAAAUAAAAAGAAGAGAGACGACGAGAGGAGAGAAAAAAGGAAAAAAUAUAAGAGAAAACAUUCACGAAGCCAUCACGAUUCAAAGAGCAAAAAGAAGUCCAAGAAACGCCAAAAAAAAUCUGAAUCAGAAAGUUCAGAUAGCACAGACAGCAUAUUAUGACAUCGGAAAUAUUUUCAUCAUUAUUAAAAUUGUCAUCAUUAUCAAUAAUCUUAUAUUAAGGAUUAUAUUGUUAUAGGUAUCCAUUUUGUAGACUUGUUAAAUAUUUGUACAUACUUUAUUAAUUUAUAAAGUUUGUAAAUCGAAUUUGUUUCAUAAAUUCAUUUUCUAGAUAAA